AUGUCUCCGCGCCGAGCAGCCCGCAGCACCCGAACAGCCGACGGAGCUCCGAACACCCGUAUCCCGGGGAUGCUUAUGCUGGGGGUUCAGCACAGAUCUCUCUCCUCCAAUCAGAUCCGUCAGCUGGUCUCGGAGGUGGAUGUGGAGCGUCUGUGGUCGUCCUUCCUCCGGCCAAUGCUGAUUGAGAGAACGCCGGGGAGUCCCGGGAGCCGCCUGGUGAGAGAGGUGAGCGCCGAGCGUACGGAAGCCGGGGACAGAGCUUCCCGUAUGAAGUCCGAGCCGCCAUAUUGGAACGUCUAUAACCGCACAAUGACACGCGGCUUGUUAGGGUUUGUCCCUGAUGGGAGGGGGCGGGCCUUUGUUGGGGCCACGGACUCGGCGGUGCCCUGCGCUAUGAUCCUGGAGCUGGUCACCGGGCUGAACGGUCGCCUUCAGCAGCACAAGACCAAGGGAUCUCCGCUCACUCUGCAGCUUUACUUCCUGGACGGCGAGGAGGCGUUCGGAGAAUGGUCAGAGACCGACUCGCUGUACGGGGCGCGCCACUUGGCGGAACGUCUAGGGGAGGAGCCAAUCCAGGGAGGAGGCGGGACUCAGCUGGACGCCAUUGCUCUCUUCGUUCUUCUGGAUUUGUUGGGAGCGCCGGAUCCUCUGAUCCUCAACCACUUUGCUGAGACAGGAAAUGAUGUCAUUCUUCUUCCUGCAGAGAAGCGGCUACAUCACCUGACCCUCCUGCGGUCUCAUCCCCUGGAGGUCUCGUACUUCCACCCCGACCUGUACUACGGAGCCGUGCAAGACGACCACCUUCCCUUCCUCCGCAGAGGUGUUCCCGUCCUUCACGUGAUCUCCACCCCGUUCCCGGACGUCUGGCACACGUAUGACGACACGGAGGAGAACCUUCACCGGCCGACGGUCACCAACCUGUGCCGGAUCCUGGCCGCGUUCCUCGGGGAGACCCUCGCGCUCUGA